AUGGCCGGCAAGACCUGCCCCGCAACGAGUGAACCAACCUUGUCUUUUGCGCAAGGUCUCGUGUUAGGCCAGCUGUCUGUCGUGCUCGUGCUCGCAGCCUUCAUCAAGUUUUUCAUCUUCGGGGACCCACCAUCCCCCGAAGUUACAGCUUCACUGCGAGCCACCGAGCGGCGGUCAAAGACACUUGCUCACAAGAAGUCCCUCCUGGGUCUUCGGGCCGCCACUGGCCGUCCCGGCCAGCCAGCAUUGAACAAGAAGAAGUCAAGUGUCCUGAGGAGCCCAUAUAACCUAACUAUCGGGUCCAUCCUGAGCAAGACAUACUACAAUGUCGACAGUCAUCAGCCUGAGAGCUUGGAUUGGUUCAAUGUGCUCGUAGCUCAGACCAUUGCCCAGUUCAGAAGCGAUGCGCAGCACGACGACGCCAUUCUCAGUUCCUUGACCAAGGCUUUGAAUGGGACAUCGCGGCCCGAUUUUGUCGAUGAGAUUCGCGUCACAAAACUCAGCCUCGGCGAGGACUUUCCUAUUUUCAGCAAUUGUCGCAUUAUACCUGUCGACGAGGACGGCCUGAGUCUAGGCAACGGCAAGACGAUCGACGCAAGCGCCGCCACUAGGGAAGGGGCCAAGCUACAGGCGCGGAUGGACGUCGAUCUCAGUGAUCUACUGACCCUGGCUCUGGAAACUAAGCUGCUGCUUAAUUAUCCCAAGAAACUAAGCGCAGUGCUGCCAGUUGCGCUCACCGUCUCCGUCAGACGCUUCAGCGGAACACUGUCGGUUUCCUUCAUCCCCAGUAACCCAUCCCAGUCUACGCCGACCAUGAUGACCUUCAACUUCCUUGACGAUUACCGACUUGAUUUUUCUAUCGGGAGCUUGCUCGGGAGCCGGUCCAAACUAGAGGACGUGCCAAAAAUUGCGCAACUCAUCGAGGCCCGCUUACACCGUUGGUUUGACGAGCGAUGUGUCGAGCCCCGAUUUCAAGAGAUUGCACUGCCAAGCUUGUGGCCUCGAAAGAAAAACACGAGGGGUCCUGACGAUGGAAUGACAGAGGGAAACAUCGGCUCUGUGGGGAGAUCCAAGGGCCGGGACGUGGGCCAGGACAUCCGGGCAGAGGCUCGCAAAGAGGUUGAGCUGAAGCUAACAGUCGUACGGACCGAGCACAAGAGACGCUUCUGCGACGGAGAUUGA